AUGGGUACAUGCAGAAAAGGAGAAAGGGUCAGUAAGAGGUUUCUGGGUAAGAAAUCGGUUGAUUUGGACAGGGGAAGUCGAAGAGACUUACAUGGAGCCUCGAGGAAGUUGAUGGAGUAUGGUGCUCUGAUCUUCCUGGGUGAUGAGGUUUCUGACGCAGCNGAAGGAGAAGAAUCNGGGUNAAGGAUUGGAAGCCAUGAUGAUGAAGACAUGGUCNUUUGCGGUGGUUAG